AUAUGAGGAGGAUAGGGCCUUAUUUGUCCGAGUUACUAGCAUUGAUUUAGUUGAUAAUGAAGAACCGCCUUCUUGGAGAAUGCUUCGAUCGGACGAUAGCGUAGAUAAUGAAAAAAAAUCGACAAAGCAUUAUACUAAUAAAUCUCUUUAA